UUACAACUUUCUUAUCUCGUACUGUUCCUGUCUUCUCUUCCUACUAUCUCAACAAUCUUCUUCAACUUCUUUCGAUAUCUUUUUCAUGGAUUCUCUUCCCGCUUUACCUCCAGAAAAAACCAAGGAUUCCAAACCAAAAUUGAAACAAAAGCGCAACCAAGCAACAAAAAUUGGCACCGGUAGUGAAUCACAAACUCAAUUCAGACAAAACCGAGUUUUCGGUACUGCUUGGAACACAAACGUUAAUAUUCCAAAAAAGCCUGUUUCAGAAAACAUUAUCACCAAACCAAAACCUGCUAUUCCACAAAAACCCAAACAACCUAUUCAAGCAACGCAAGUUACCUCUGAAACCGCCAUUUUAACACAACCUACUGAUACAAAAUCACUAGAAAAUGUGAACCUCAUAAAGAUCAAAACAAGUGAGACACUCCCACAGGAAAAUGAUUCUUCAGAGCCUAAAACUCCGGUAACAUCUUCUCGUGUUAGAGGAAAGAGUAAAGUGCAAGCAACGCCGUUUUACAGUGCAGUAAAUUGUAGCAAGUGUCGUUUCGAUAGGCUCGAGACUUCGUCCUAUUGGAUUGGACAAAUCAAAUUGGCAGAAACUGUUGGGAAACACUACGUUGCUUGUGGAUUCUUCAAGCUUGCUUUGAAAUCUCAGGCUGAGCCAAUAAGGAACCUUCGGAUUGAGCUUAAGAGGUAUUUGUCAAGGCAUGGACACUUAUAUGAGGAGAAGGAAUGGAAAAGAGUUGCUGCUAGGUAUGGACUAUUGAAAGAUGAAAGCAUCACAAGUGAAAUGAACUCCACCACUUGAACUAUGAUGUAUAUGUAGGAAAAAUGGAAGUUAUGAGUUCAAUAUGAAACAUUGCUAAUGUUUAUUUGUUUUGUGCAAGUGGU